CCGUUUCUUCAUUGAACACCAUACAACACGCUUUUCGUUUUCUGUUAUUCAUUCAAUUCCUCUUCUUUCUCUCUCUCUCAAACGCUAAUAACAAUGGCAACCAAUCCAAACACUGAAACUACCACCACCACCAAAUCCUCUGUUUACCUUGGUGACAUGGACGAAUUGAAGACAGUCUUCACCCGCUUUGACACCAACGGCGACGGCAAGAUCUCCGUCACCGAGUUGGACAACAUCCUCCGCUCCCUCGGAUCCACCGUCCCUAAGGACGAGCUUCAGCGUGUCAUGGAAGACCUUGACACCGACCGCGACGGUUUCAUCAACCUCGCUGAGUUCGCCGCCUUCUGCCGCUCCGGCUCCGCCGACGGUGAUGUUUCAGAGCUUCGCGAAGCCUUUGAUCUGUACGACAAGGACAAGAACGGCCUCAUCUCUGCAACAGAACUCUGUCAAGUGCUGAACACCCUCGGAAUGAAGUGCUCCGUUGAAGAAUGCCACACCAUGAUCAAAUCCGUCGAUUCUGAUGGUGACGGUAACGUUAACUUUGAAGAGUUUAAGAAGAUGAUGAACAAUAAUCAGGCCAAUAGCAAUUAGGCAUUUUCCAUUUCUGAAUUUAGUACUAACAGAUCUGCUCCUGUCAUAUGCCUAAUAGCAUUUUCGAUUCUCUCUGGUUCUUGUUUCGUUUCCACAUCAUCAUAUAAAUAAGAAUGAAUUCUAGCAUAUCUGGGAGUAAUAAAUAAAUAAAUCCCUGAUAUUAGGUACAUUAAAAGAGGUUAUAUAGAGAAUGUUUUUGGGAGUUUAUUAAAUAAAAUAUCUAAAGUUAAGGCUGAAAUUAUUCUCAUUCUCA